UUUCAAAAUGGCGACGGCCAAGGGAGCAAACACGUACAACAGACAAAAUUGGGAAGAUUCGGAAUUUCCAAUUUUAUGUCAGACAUGCCUUGGCGACAACCCAUACCUUCGUAUGAUGAAGGAGCCAUAUGGAAAGGAGUGCAAGAUUUGUGCCAGACCGUUCACAGUGUUCAGAUGGUGUCCAGGGGCGAGAAUGAGGUUUAAGAAGACAGAAGUCUGUCAAACAUGCUCUAAAAUAAAGAAUGUGUGUCAGACAUGCUUGCUGGAUCUUGAAUAUGGUUUACCUGUGCAAGUCAGAGAUGCAGCAUUGAAGAUUCAAGACAACAUGCCUAAAUCUGAUGUUAACAAAGAAUACUACCAGCAGAAUAUGGAAAGAGAGAUGGCAAUAAACGAUGGUGUGAACCCGUCCGGGGCUCUCGGGAAGGCUAUGGCUCCCAGCGACAUGUUGCUCAAGCUGGCACGUACCACACCAUACUACAAAAGGAACCGACCCCACAUCUGCUCCUUCUGGGUGAAGGGAGAGUGUAAGAGGGGAGAGGAGUGCCCAUACAGACACGACAAGCCCACAGAUCCAGAUGAUCCACUGGCUGACCAGAACAUUAAGGACCGGUUCUACGGUAUGAACGACCCUGUGGCAGACAAACUGAUGAACCGCUACAGCUCCAUGCCCAAGCUUGAACCUCCGGAGGAUAAAACAAUCACCACACUGUAUGUGGGUGGACUGGGGGACAAGGUCAGCGAGACAGACCUCAAGGACUACUUCUACCAGUUUGGAGAGAUCCGUUCCAUCAAUGUUGUCUCGAAGCAGCAGUGUGCAUUCGUCCAGUUCACCAUGAGAUCGUCAGCAGAGACAGCAUCAGAGAAGUCAUUCAACAAGCUGAUCCUGAAUGGACGGCGGUUGAAUAUCAAGUGGGGCAAGUCACAAGGACAGCAGGGCGGAGACCGGGAAGAGGGAAGGGAGGAUGAACACCUUGGGCUAGAACCGGUACCAGGGCUCCCAGGAGCUCUGCCAGUACCCCCAGAGGAAAUCUCCAACAACUUCUUCAACCUGGGUGGUGCUCCCCCAAUGGGGCCCCCAAUGAUGCGAGGUCCCAUGCCCCCAAGGGGACCCCCACACAUGAUGCCCCUCUUCAUGAGGGGACCCCCACCUCCAGGUGUGCGUCUGCCACCACCACCCCCAGGAAUGAUGCCCCUACGACCCCCACCAGGCAUUAUGCCCAGGGGAAAUGUGCCCCAGAUGCAUUACCCAUCGCAGGACCCCAACAGAAUGGGGGCCACCACACAGGGACAGAAGAUAGGAUAGGGGUUCACCAAGGGGGAUGAAUGGUCAUAAAUUAUGCUUCACAUGAUGGGAGAGGUGGUUGACUGUGAACACAGCAACAAAUGUGCACCGGUCUGGCUGGGCAUGGCUGGAAAAGGGUUGUUACCUCAUUUGAUCAUGUCCUGAUGAAACAUUAAUGUAAAAGCAUCAAGUGUUGAAGUAUGCAAUGAUGCCAUCUAAUGUAUGAUCUGUAAUUUAUCAUUGUCUAAAAAUAUUGUAUUUAAAAUGGUGGUUUUAAGACUUGUAGCUGUGCUAUUUCAAUGAAAGGAAAUAACACUAUGCAUGCCAUUUGCAGUAAGUUUGAAGACAGUGAAUAGUGUUUUAAAUAUACUGUUAUAAACUAAAAUACUUAAUAAAAUACUGAUUAUCAAGUGUAGGAAAUGAAGAUAUUUUUGUUCAGGUUAGGGCUAACAUUUCAGGCACUCGCAUACAACUAUGUUAUGAAUAUUUUAAUUCCCAAUACAUGAAUAUUUUAUAAGUGUGUUUUUCCGUCAACAUUCUUGUAAAUUAAUGUGAUAUUAAAAUGGUUCUCUUUGAAUUAUGAGAUGUAUUUCUAAAUGAGCAUUGGUUUUAUAUUGUACAAAAUGUGAACUAUUGUCAAAUAAAACCCUAAACUGUG